AUGGCCCCCAAAAAGGACGAGAAGACCGCAUCUCAGCCGGCUGAUGCCGAGCCCAAGGCUGAGGCCAAGCCCAAGGAGACCAAGGUGAAGAAAGAGAAGAAGGCGCCGGCCAAGAAAGCCGCGAAGGAGCCGGCUGCCGGUGGCGAGGAGGGCGACAAGAAGGCUAAGAAGAAGACCAAGGUUUCCAAGAGCGAAACCUACAAGCUGUAUAUUUACAAGGUGCUGAAGCAGGUUCACCCAGAUACCGGCAUCAGCUCCAAGGCUAUGAGCAUUAUGAACAGCUUCAUCAACGAUAUUUUCGAGAAGGUCGCCACGGAGGCCUCCCGCCUGAGCCGCUACAACAAGAAGCCCACCGUCACUUCUCGCGAAAUUCAGACGGCCGUGCGCCUGGUGCUUCCUGGCGAGCUGGCCAAGCACGCGGUGUCGGAGGGCACCAAGGCCGUUACCAAGUUCACUUCUGCGUAA